UUUACCUUGUCGUUUUUUGUCACGUCAACUUGUCAACUAUAUUUUAUAACGAUUUUAUGUUUGUUAGAUAUUUUUGUUUAAAAGAAUUUUUAGUAUAUUAUUAAAGUAUAAAUAGUCGGUGAAAAAGUAUGGCUGCUGAAGCCAAAAAACUACCGCAAUAUUUUGCAGCGGUUAGCAUUUGUAUCGGGGCAAUGGGGACUGGCACGGUUAUAGGAUGGACAUCGAACAUCUCUGAUGAAUUAACAGAUGGAUCCCUCAAUAACAUUAAGCUGGAUCUUAGCUGGGCGGGUGCCAUCAUGUGUUUAGGAGCCAUGUGUACUUGUAUUCCCAUUGGUAUAUUGGCUGAUAAAAUAGGCCGAAAGCUCUGCGUACUAUUUACAAUAAUUCCAUUUAUUAUUGGCUGGGUAUUAAUUAUCUUAACCAAACAUGUGGCCAUGUUUCUUGUCGGACGAUUUUUAACCGGAUUUGCUGGUGGAUCUUUUUGUAUCGUUGGACCGCUGUAUACGAGCGAAACCUCUCAGAAGGAAAUAAGAGGAACACUGGGAACAUUCAUGCAGCUCUUUAUUACCAUCGGCAUCCUCUUUUCAAAUGGCCUCGGUUGGGCAUUAGAUGUACUAUACUUCUCCAUUAUGUGUGCCAUAGUUCCAGCGGUAUUUGGAAUUUUGUUCGUUUUUCAACCAGAGAGCCCAAUUUACCUGCUUAAAAAAGGAAAAAAAGAUAGAGCGUUAAAAGCGUAUCAAAGACUGCGGGGAUCUGAAUACGAUCCUUCGGAAGAAGUAGGUGAGAUUGAAAAACAUGUGGCCAAAGAGGAGGAGCUCAAAGGCCAAUUCUGGACCACCCUCAAAACUAAACCUGGAUGGAAAUCGUCGAUUAUUUGUUUCAGUCUCAUGUUUUAUCAGCAGCUUUCUGGAAUUAAUGCGGUUAUGUUUUAUUCUGGUGCGAUUUUCAAAGAUGCCGCCUCUAGUGUUCAGUCUGAGCUUUGCGUAACUAUUGUGGGAGCGGUUCAAGUAGUUGCUACAGUUUUUUCAUCCUGGUCAGUAGAAAAACUAGGCAGGAAAGUUUUGCUUAUGGUAUCUGCUGGGGUUAUGGCCUUAUCCACCCUUUUAAUGGGAAUCUAUUUUCUUUUAAAAGAUAAAGAGUUGGUUGAUGAAGAGACAAUUAAAUCAAUUGGUUGGCUUCCUCUAUUAGCUCUAACUCUAUUUAUCAUAGCAUUUUCUUUUGGUUACGGCCCAAUUCCUUGGCUAGCCUCAGCAGAAAUUUUCCCUCCAGCCAUCAUGGCUAUGAUGAGUUCCUUAGCUGGAAUGUUUAACUGGUUUUGUGCUUUUAUAGUAGCAGUGGGAUAUGAACCGUUAAGCAAAGCGGUUGGGUCGUAUGUAACAUUCUUUAUAUUUACUAUUAUUUCGGCUACUGCGGUAUUUUUUGUUCUGAUCGUUAUGCCGGAAACUAAAGGUAAAACCUUCCAGGAAAUUCAGGAAGAGCUCGCGAAAUAAAAAUGUAGACUGCAUAUUUUAAAUAAAAUUACAAUAUUUUAGUGUA